GUUAGACAGUAAAUACACAGGUUUAGGCUGUUUAGGAGUCUGUCCGGAGACGCGGUCAGUGCGUCCUUGCGUGAAAAAAAUAUAGUUAGUGCUUUUUAAGUAUUUAGUCUGUGACAGAAUUCGAAUUUCUUUUUAAUUUUGAAAAAUGAUCGCUAAAUUCCUGACUAUCGCCGCUGUGGUGUGCGCUGCUUACGCUGCUGAGAAGGUCGAAAAGAAUGACACUGUCAUCUUCAGAGCCUUCGAGAAUGUGGACCCGAACGAGCUUAGCUGCGACCCUGAAGGACACAUAUUCCUGCUACUCCCCCACUUCUACGACUGCUCCAAGUUCUACAUGUGUGCUCAUGGUGAGGAGGUAGAGUUCAACUGCGCUCCCGGACUGAUCUUCGAUUUCCAACUUCAGACCUGCAACUGGCCCUGGGCUACGACCUGCCAGCUGAGGGAUCCGCUGCACGGCAAUGAGGACGAGGGCUCCGGAGACGACAUCAUCGGACUCUUCGCUGAUGAACUGGAGAAGCAGCCAGUUGAUACUAUCGCCAGCGUGAGACCCAUAUCCCCGAUCCUGGGCAGGUACAACGGCAUCAUCAACUGCAACCGAGCUGAUGCUGCGGCCAGACAGGUGCCUUACAGGGGUGACUGCCAAAGGUAUUGGAGAUGCAUCGCUGGUGUUCCACAAGUGGUGUUCUGUUCGGACGGCCUGUUCUUCAACGAGUUCUCCCAACAAUGUGACUUCGAAGCCAACUCCAAGUGCAUACAACAACAAGAAGACGAAUUAAAAAGCGAAUUUAUAAAAUAUGAAUAAUUAUACACACUGGCUGACUUUUAAAUGUGAUAUAGAGUGAACGGCAGACUUUUAGAGCGAGCUGUCAAUUAGUCUGUCAAAACUCUGCCGACUAUGGUAAUUUGGCUGAGUUUUGACAGUUUUGUUUUUAAAUAUGAUAUAGCUUUGUAACUAAACACUUAUUUAAUUGUUAUUUAAAUACAUUAUUUAUUUGUUUUUGUAGAGAUUUUGUACGUGAUUAAUGUAUUAUGAAAUAUAAGUUAGUAAAUAUUUAUUUAAUUGAUAAUUCAGUUAGCAUUGUUAAUGACUGAUUGAUAAAAAACAGUGAUUUCAUUUCGCGGGUCGAUAAUAAUCACAAACUAUCAUAUCAUCAGAAAACUACAGAUUUAACUCUAGAAGGAUAAUCAUAUACACACUGUACCUACAAUAAAUAAAAAACUAUUGCUUUAA